CGUCAUCAGCUUGCGUCGCCACGCAUAUGUCGCUGUUGACGUCAGUGCCAACGCGCACAGCUGUCAUUCCCUGACCCAGGACCGGCGACUUCUGACUUCUGACCUCAGCCCCGACCCCAAGCCGGAGCCGGAGCCGCAGCCGCAGCCGCGAUGCUGAAGGCCGUGAUUCUGAUCGGAGGCUCCCAGAAAGGCACAAGGUUCCGGCCUCUGUCCUUCGAGGUUCCGAAGCCGUUGUUCCCGGUGGCGGGUGUCCCAAUGAUCCAGCAUCAUAUUGAGGCUUGUGCAAAGGUUCCAAACUUGAAAGAGAUCUUGCUGAUUGGGUUUUACCAGCCAAGCGACGAAAUCAAUCGGUUCCUUCUGACUGCGCAGCAAGAAUUCAAGAUCUGCAUUAGAUACCUUCAGGAAUAUGUCGCUCUGGGAACCGGCGGAGGCCUGUAUCACUUUCGAGAUCAGAUCCUGUCAGGAAAACCUGACCUGUUCUUCGUCAUGAACGCAGACGUCUGCUGCGAAUUUCCCCUGACGGAGAUGGUUGAAUUCCAGAAGGAGCAGGCCGACUCUUUUGUCAUGUUGGGAACAACGGCCAACAGGAGACAGUCGAUGAAUUAUGGCUGCAUUGUGGAGAAUGAGCAAAGCCAUGAGGUUCUUCACUACGUGGAGAAGCCCAGCACCUUCGUCAGUGACAUCAUAAACUGUGGUGUGUACCUCUUCACACCCAACAUUUUCCAGUACAUUGGGGAGGUGUUCCGGAAAAACCAGCAGGACCUGGCCAUAGAGGAGAACUCCAACGGCUGGCAGCGAGCCGAGGUCAUCCGGCUGGAACAGGACAUCUUCACCACCAUUGCCGGCCGUGGCUCCCUCUACGUCUACAAAACCGAUGGCUUCUGGAGUCAGAUCAAGUCAGCUGGUUCUGCCAUCUACGCCAACCGCCUGUACCUGAACCAGUACGAGAGGAGUCACCCAGACCGCCUGGCCAGCAGUGAACAGGGUGGCCCCAGGAUCAUCGGCAAUGUUUACAUCCACCCGACAGCAACAAUUGACCCCACAGCAGUGCUGGGUCCCAAUGUCACCAUCAGCAUGGGAGUGACCAUCGGUGCUGGUGUUCGAGUGCGGGAAUCCAUCAUCUUACACGGAGCCUUGCUGCAGGACCACUGCUGUGUGUUGAACUGCAUCGUGGGCUGGGACAGCGCUGUUGGCAAGUGGUCUCGGGUAGAAGGCACCCCCAGUGACCCGAAUCCAAACGACCCCUACGCAAAGAUCGACAGUGAAACGCUCUUCAGUGACGGCAAACUCAACCCCUCCAUCACCAUCCUCGGCUGUAACGUCAGUAUUCCCGCUGAGGUGAUCAUUCUGAACUCCAUCGUACUCCCACACAAAGAACUGAACCGCAGCUUCAAGAACCAGAUCAUCCUGUGACGAGGGCGGGGGCAGACCCCCAGGACUGAGGAGGCUGCCGCUGGCUCACUUGCUGUGGGAUGCACAGGUGGGGCCAGCUGUUCUGUCAUACCAUCUACUCGUCACCUUCCCCUCGCUGUGUUCCAGGUUUAAUCAGUCCUCUCAGCUCUCUCCAGCCCAUGAAUGUCCACACACCAUGGGAGUUUGGACUGUAUCUCUGCUCUGCACAUACCGCUGCCCCACCGUGUGCACCAGACCACUGUGUUAGGGACAUGCGAGUUCAGGCCCACUAAUGCCCUGAUCCGUGUGUCCAGACACAGCCACCCAUCCCUCUCGCUGUCAAAGAGGAUGAUGGCUGUGGCGUGACUACUGAAUCGUAAAUAAAGAGAUUUUCCCUUUGAGCACAGUUCGCCUGCCUGUCUGAAUCCCACUCUGACGUUAGAUUCAGAUUUGUUCAAUUAUCAUAUAUCAAUACAUCACUUGUGUUAACAAACGACCUGAGGAUGUGCUGGGGGCAGCCCGCAAGUGUGGCCGCACAUCCUGGUGCCAACGUAGCACGCCCACCAUGUUCAGCAACAACAGGAGAAGAAGCCCCUCACCUCCCUCCUACCCUGCAAUUCACAUAGACAGACAGGCCUCCAGUGGACCCGCAGACAGUAGCCUUCUGAUUUCCCCAGUGGCCUCGCAAUGCCAGGGCUUUGUCCAUCGGGCCUCGACUUGCUCAUUCAUCAACCCCAGGGCUCGCCGACGAUGGGACGCUGAAUUCCGUACUCAUGGACACACAUAGCUACAGGGUCAGCCUCACUCAUGCUCUCCGAUCCCCGGGUUUUAUUUUGGUUUUUAACUGGGCCUCCGUCAGUUGGGGCUGACCGUGAACAUGGCAACCCAGCUAUCUACAUCAACGUCCAAAUGCAAGCCAGGGCACUACAAUCUGGAGAACAAGUUGUUACCCAUGGUUGUCACAGCAGAUGCCACUCAGUGCUAAAUUCAACGUAGGUCUGCCUUAGGGACUCCAGCUCCAGAUUUUUCACCUCUAGGUUUACUCCCAAAGCCUUUCCCAUGAGUGGGUGUAGCUGCAGGGCAGUGGAGCUUUGAAAACAGUUUUCCUUCUCCUAGAUGAGCCGCCAACCACAGCUAACGAACAUCAACUGCCCUGAGUGACUGGUUUCAAGGUGCCAAUAACCUGUCUUUGCCCCUUUUCUUGUUGAUGGAAAUGGUUCUGCCAGGCUUAGUAACCAAGCCAUACGUGAGGGGCAGGAGCAGGAGCUGGUUGUUUGAGGCUAUUUGGGAUCCACACUAUUGGAAGUGUAUAAUACGUAGUGGGAGCUCGUCCCCACUACUCGUCCCAGCAUCACAACCUUAAUGAUCCAGCCACUUCACUUAGCAGCCCGAUAUUCACCUACGGGUGAACUUCAUCGCAUUCCACGUCACUGGCCUUUGACCACAGAGUGGAGGCCAAGACUCCAGCACGACCUCUAACUCUUUAUGUCUCUGUCCCUAAACCCCAACUUGACCCCCCAUGCCCCCACUGUCUCCAGUAGAGCUAAAGAACAACCAAGUGCAACUUCACCAGGGUCUGUAGCUCAGCGGCUGGUUACAUUACUGAGAAAGUGAUGUAACCUGUGGGGAGGGAAUCAGUGACUCCAAAGUUCAAACACCGGGCUGGAUCGCCAUGGCUUGACUAUGCACCGUGCUGGAAAAUGAGAUUAGUGGUGUGGUGUACAUUGAAAGUUUAAAAAAAAUAUAUCAGGAAUCUUGCACAGCAAGGACCAGUUGGCCAAUCAGCCUGUUUCUGUGCCCAUUCGACUUUCAGGACAUAUUUGAUUGCUCUUUUAAUGUACUGAAACUUCUUUUUUAAACUGGCAUCUCCAGAGAUGUGGCUCGUUAGCCCCUCACCUUUAUCAGACUCUGUCUAGGGUCAGUAUGAUCCCACCAAACCCAAGGGCACUGGGAUGUCUCGCUCACCCAAACCCCACUCUGUGUGAAUAUUGUGUAACUACUGGUCCCUUGCAAUUGCCCGGCAGCAAUGACAGACUGUAUACAAUUAUAAAGUAAGUAUAUUUACAAAUGUCAGCAUUAUCGAACAGUUAGUAGGAAAAAUUAAAGGACAAAAUAAAAAGGGCCCAUUACAGUUAACCCAGUCCAAAUGUGUGCACAAGUUUGGAGCUCAGCUUAAAGUUGUCUUUAACUCACGUGCUGGACCCACAAGUGUGCACGAAAGCACACACCGCCUUCCGAAUGCUGCUAGAAAUCCACCUCAAACAAACGGGCUCCCCCACGGGAGUAUUGGUCCUUCCUCGAAGCCAUUCAUCUGUACAAAGCACCUUGUGAAACAGAGAUGGCAUCCUCAGCCAUCUUCCCUCCUGUUUUCUCUCAGUUCCCACCAAAAAGACCGACACACACCAGUGUCCAUCACGAAUACCUCUCCACCCAGCAUUCUCUAGAACCCUCUCCCAAUUCCACCAUCCUGAUUGGCUGACAACAUUCCCAAGGUGAACAACAUAGUCCCUUAUCUUUAGCUUAAACCCAAACAUGCUCAAAGCAGAACAGACUGCUCUUAGAGAACUGGUCAAAUGAAAUACCUACAGCAUAGCGACCCAUCAUUAGCAACAGUUUUCAAAGGAAUUUUGUGAUGUAAUGACCUCUAAUCCAUUUGUAAAGGGUAGCGACAUAUCUCACUGGGGGAUAGAUGCAACACAGUUCUCCCAGUGCAUCAUAGGACAGCCUACAUGGCGGUUUCUCGAUUCUUUGAGACCCCCUUAUCCCAUCUUCGGCUCCUCCAAGUUCAACCACCCCUUAGACACUUCCUGUCUACCAAAGAGUGCCUCCUCAUAUCUAUCACUCAUGUCUUCCAGUGGCUGAGGUCCCCCGGUCCAUGACCAAACUCAAUUUCCUUCAGUUUAAGCAGGUGCUGCCAAGCAUCUUCAAUCUCUACUGUUGCUAACAGAUGAGCGCUCUCUCAGAAAGGGGUGUCUUCAGUUGCUCCAAUAGUGUGGCAAGUAGUGGAGUAACCAGCAUCAGACUCGACAGUAGAAAAUACACCUUUGCGUCCCAACAUCUUCUCAGUUAAUCCCCUUUUCCUUUACUCGGACAUUCCAGCAAAUUUAGGGGUUCCUGCCAGUCGAGCUACUCCUCUGGGGUGUAACACGGCUCUGAACACAAGUGGAUGGACAAGGCUUUCAGAAAUGUUCUCUCCUUUAUGCUCCCAGCAGCCUUCUCACAACAGCAGUGUUUGUUCCCACAAGAAUGGAAGCUCCACCCUUUUCAUCCGGAUCCAGGCAGACCAACACUGGGUCAAUUGACCCAGUUACUCCAACAUCUGAUUCCAAACACUCCAGUUUCAAUGACAGUAACGAUUGUCUGGAUAUUCAUCAGCACUAAGCUCCUGAAUCUCAAGGGCACUGAGUGGCGUCAAUGGUAAAUGGGUCAAAUACUGGUUGUAAAAGGAUCUAUAAAGCUAAGUAACUUGAGAAUCUGUGUCAAGUAUGGCUCUAGCAUAAACACAUUCAAUCCGUAUAGAUACAGCAGAGCUUGGUCCCACUAAACCUUCAGGAAUAAAGUUUGGUAGUUUAGCAUUGCCCUUGAUGCACUGAUAGGAAUGUAUCCUCUCUGAAAUGUCAGCCUGUUCCUUUACUGGGUCCCUCCGUAGUUUUACUUUUUUUUCCCCGUUUGAUUAACUGCUGAUUUACUUUCCGAAGGUUUUCCUGUCCUCCUCAUUCCUGCUUAAAGUGUCCACCUCCACAGUUGUAACAGAAAAUACUAGUCACUUCCUUGGUCAAGGGGCCCCGCUCAGUAGCAGGCCUUGGCUGGGUAUGUCCCACAGUGGGUCCGGCUUCCUAUUAGCCUUGUCAGGCCUGGUGGCAGUACCAACCAAUAUCAUCUGAAAUACUUCGACCCUCAGAUCUUUCCCGCCGUCCUGCAAAACCCCCACUUGUGGCAUCGGGUUGCUUCGGCAACAGAAGCUGCUACUGAGGACUUUGCCCUGCUGAGGGAGGCCUCCCACUCCUCCAUUGCGUUUUCCUCCUCUCUAACAUCUGAGAGACUCGGUAGAAGAUGGAGGAGGGCACAUCCUGUGGGUCAUUCGAAUACAUAGAGCAGUCACAUCAUGUGACAACACAUCCUUCAGAACUUGCUCCGUCCUCAAAGUACGGACGGAGCAUGGCCCCACUUCUCCAGGUACCUCAGUCGUAUGAGGCAGAUCCACUCUCAUCACAUCAUUGCCAGGCUCAACUAAAACAUCUUUACCCGCCGUUCAGUCAAACUGCCGUGCCAUUCUCGUACUCUCAGUCGCUUCACGCCACGGAAACCGGCAUAAGCACCGUCCUGAUGGGCCACAAUGCUAGUGACAGACUUUGACCUUUUAAUCUGGAUCCACAGUCUGCAUGAAAGCACACAUCACCUUUCGAAUGUCACUCAAAAUCCACCUCAAACAACCGGGCUCCCCCACGGAAGUACUGGUCCUUCCUCCUUGAAGCCAUUCAUCUGUACAAAGCACCUUGUGAAACAGGGAUGGCAUCCUCAGCUAUCUUCCCUCCUGUCUUCUCCCAGCUCCCACCAAAAAGACCGCAACUCACACCAGUGUCCGUCACAAAUACCUCCCACCCCCCCCCCCAACUCCACUAUCCUGACUGGCUGACACAACAUUACUAAGUUGAACACAGCUCCUCAUCUUUAGCUCAAACCCAAACGUGCUAAACGCAGAACAGACAGCUCUUACAGAACUGCUAAAGUGAAAUACCUACAGCACAGCAGUAAAAAUCUUAACCAGGGUGUUACACUACCCUAUCUCUAGAUUCUGUGAUCAAUCCAACCCUUCCCUACCACAGGCACAUGGAUGUCGGAAAAAAUGGAGGGCCAUGAGUCUCUUAUAUGUCCCUAAUUUAUCUGCCUCUAUCACCACCCCUGGAAGCGCAUUCCACGUUCCCACUGCUGUUUAAAAAAUAACUUACCUCGGACUUUUCCCCCCUAUAGUUCAAUCACCUUAAAAUUAUGCCCUCUGGUAUUAGCUAUUUACACCCUGGGGAAAAAAAAAUGUCUGGCGGUCCACUAUCAAUGCCACUUGUUAUCUUGUGUACCUCUAUCAAGUCAACUCAUCCUUUUUCACUCCAAAGAGAAAAACCUUAGCUUGCUCAACUCGCUCACAAGACAUGCUUUCUAAUCUGAGCAGCACCCUGAUAAAUCUCUUCCACACCAAAUUUCAGUUCCAUGUUCAUUCAACCACACAUAAAAAUACAGCCAAGUGAAAACGUUCCUCCAGGGCCAAGGUGCAAAACACAGUACCAACAGUCACACAUAGCACAUAGUUAUAAUAGCAGGAAAACACAGUAUCAUAAAAUAUCUAGCCCAAGUCCCUGAGUGUCAUAGCCUGUAGAUUGAUGGUAAAUGGGAUGUUGUCCUGAAGCCACGUUUCCGCAAGGACAAGCCACAGCAGUUUCUUAUCUCACACUAGUGCAGCUGCAGACGAACACAAUCUAGCUAGUCUUCCAUUGAGUGAAUACUGGAGAGCAGCACUGAUGGAGGGGCCAGUCCCCAACCCAGCACAGACUACAGCUCACCCGACGCACCUUGACUUUUACCCACACCGCCUCUGGCAUAUCCUCCUCUGGGUAGCUGCAAUAGGUGACAGCACAGGGUGAGCGUGGGAGGCCAUACAACAAUUGAGGCCACGCAGCUCCCCCACCUCCCGUCUUCCCAAUAAACCUGUGAACUUGACUCGCGUCAUUCCAAUGUCUAACAGGGUCUUGUAAUCAGAAGAUUAACUGAUUGUUUUCCCACGUCCUUCCUAUAAUGGGGUGACCAGACAGAACACGAUGGAGAUGGAAAUAGGCAAUGCACCUGUCAGGAGAGUGAGCAAGUGCUGGAGUCCCCAGAUGGAUCAGGUUCGAGGGCUGAGUCACUCAUGCCUAAAGGUUCAAGAUUGUUUAUGUCAUUUCCAGUACACAAGUGUAAAAGGGAAUGAAAUAAUAGUUACUCUUGAUCUGAUGCAGCAUAAAACAUAGGAUAAAGAGCAAUAAUUUAAAGAAAAACAAAAUAAAUACUUAAGACAGCUUAUUUACGUUGAGGCCCUCAUGAUCAGGGUCGAUCAUGAAUAGUGCAUCCUAGCUGUCGAAGUCUAUAUACAAGCCAGGGCAGUACGAUAUGGAGAGCAAAUUGUUCCCCAUGAAACAGGCUUCCCCUCUCCACACAGGGAAUGAAUACAAAUUAACAGCGGAGACCGAUUCUGUUCGGCACCAGCAUUGUUACAGCAGAUGCCACUCAGUGCUAAACUCAACGUAGGUCUGCCUUAGGGACUCCAGCUCCAGAUUUUUCACCUCUAGGUUUACUCCCAAAGCCUUUCCCAUGAGUGGGUGUAGCUGCAGGGCAGUGGAGCUUUGAAAACAGUUUUCCUUCUCCUUGAUCAGCCACCAACUACAGCUAACAAACGUCAACUGCCCUGAGUGACUGGUUUCAAGGUGCCAAUAACCUGUCUUUGCCCCUUUUCUUGUUGAUGGAAAUGGUUCUGCCGGGCUUAGUAACCAAGCCAUACGUGAGGGGCAGGAGCAGGAGUUGGUUGUUUGAGGCUGUUUGGGAUCCACACUAUUGGAAGUGUAUAAUACGUAGUGGGAGCUCGUCCCCACUACUCAUCCCAGCAUCACAACCUUAAUGAUCCAGCCACUUCACCUAGCAGCCCGAUAUUCACCUAUGGGUGAACUUCAUCGCAUUCCACGUCACUGGCCUUUGACCACAGAGUGGAGGCCAAGACUCCAGCGCGACCUCCAAUUCCUCACAUCCCUGUCCCUGAAGCCCAACGACUCUUCACUCCCUCCCCGUCCCCGAAACCAACCAUAUAGAGCUAAAGAACAACCAAGUGCAACUUCACCAGGGUCUGUAGCUCAGCACGUGGUUACAUUACUGGUUCUACUGAGAAAGUGAACGGUGCCCUGUGGGGAGGGAAUCAGUGACCCUAAAGGCCGAACGCCGGGCUGGAUCGCCAUGGCUUGGCUAUGCACCGUGCUGGAAAAUGAGAUGAGUGGUGGUACUACCCAUUGGGCCAAAAGCCUGGUUCAUGGCUGUAUAACUGAAGCAAGAUGGGAAUCCUCACGCACCAGGUCUGAGAUUCUGCUGUGGUACUGAGGUAUGAGUUUGUGGCUGAUUGUUACCCAUGGAACAAAGUUAUUCAGAUCGAUCCAUGGUGACGCUAGGUACAGGAGUGUUUACGCAAGGUGACUG